AUGUCUUAUCAAUUGUACAGAAAUACAACAUUGGGCAACACUCUUCAGGAAAGUUUGGAUGAGUUAAUACAAUAUGGACAAAUUACUCCUCAACACGCUCUCAAGGUUUUACUACAAUUCGAUAAGGCUAUUAACCAAGCUUUGGCGACACGAGUUAAGUCGAGAUUAACAUUCAAGGCUGGAAAAUUGAACACUUACAGAUUUUGUGAUAAUGUAUGGACCUUUAUGUUAAAUGAUGUAGAGUUCAGAGAAGUGCAAGAAGUUGCAACUGUUCGUAAAGUUAAAAUAGUCGCUUGUGAUGGAAAGGCAUUAGACAAUGAUUCCUUGGCCAGACGAUAACACGAGUCUUCUCGAGAAAAAUGGGCACUUUGUGUUCACUCAUAAAAAUUAAUAAUUAAUUUUAAGAAAAUAAAUAAUUUCAUUUUUUUUUUUGUUGAUGUCAUGAUCAAGGGUCUCCAAUAAUUUAAUUUCUAAAAGAGUAUAUAAUAUUUAUAAUAUAACAAAACAAAAUUAAACAGGCUUAUCACUCAGUUUAAGAUCCAGUAACUUCUCUUAUUUUUUUAAUUAUGUAAUUUAAUUUGUCAUUUAAAUAAUAUUAGCAAGAUAUGUACAAUCAUUGACAACUAUUAGUAAAAUACUUUUUAUUUAUAAUUUUAUUUCAAUAAUUAUUAAUAAUAAACAGAAGAAUUAUAAUUAUAA